AUGUUCUUACGAACAAUUGGACUGAAAACGGAUGGAAUAAUUACGCAGCAUAUGCUAGCGAAACAAAAAAAUAACGGGUUGCCAAAAGUUUUAGACGAACGUGGAAAGACUAACAAAAACAAAGAAAACAAUCACUUCAAUGAUGAUAUUGCAGAACACAUAGAAUCAUACAACCCUCAAGUAUCUCAUUACAAUUUACAACAUGCACCUCAUCGAAGAUACUUAACAUGUGAUCUGAGUAUAAGGGUAAUGUGGAAAAACUUUUGUCUGAAUCCUGAAAAAAAAGUAUCUUAUAUAGAAAAAAUAUUUGCUUCUAAAAAUAUAAGUUUCGCCCAGCCAUCACAAGACGAAUGUUCGCAAUGCUCUUUAUUUAAACUACAUAAAAUUGAGCACGCUACAGCUGAUGGAUUAUCAACGGAUAAUUUCAAAAAAUGCUCAUCAUUUCUAAAACAUAAGGAAACGUAUACACAGGCCCGCGAGGCCUACAAGAAAGACAAAGCUUCCAAUAGUGGCCAUAAUCACAUAGUCUAUGCGGUGGACAUGCAAAAAGUGAUUUUAAUUCCCAAAAUGCCUUUGAAGAAUAUAUUUUUUGAGAGUCGACUCGUAGUUUUCAACGAAACAUUUGCAUGUAUGGGCAAAAAUAAAAUUUAUGCGUUUUAUGGGAUGAAUCAAUAA